AUGCGGUUUUCGGCGGCCUUCCUCUUCGUGUUCUUCAGCUACGCUGCCCAGCCAGCCAGCUCCCUGUCUGCUGACGAAUCGUGGCCCUGGUCCAAGAAGAAGGUCGAGCCGGCCCCCGUGCAGAAAGACUUGCUCGAGGAGCUUGCCGGGCCGGGGUGCUACAUGCGCAUGCAGUCAGGGUGCCCCAAGGCGCCCAUGCGGACCGAGCUGUGGAGGCACGACGCGUGGGCUGAGCGGGAGGGCGUCGACGCGGCGGGGUGCCAGCUGCGCAAGCCAGUCUGGGACAAGUACUGCAACUCGAGCGACGCGCAGAUGGCAUUCGUCGCCGACAAGAACCGCACGCAAUGA